UGUAUGCAAUAGUUCUGAACGUACUUUUCGAGCGCCAAGCAGGAAUUAAAAUUCUGCAGUUUUCGUUAAGUCAGAAAAAGGCGAUCCUGGUGAAAGUAGAUGUUGCAGUGAACUGAAAAUCUUGUGCAAAUCAGAAUGUACAGGCAUUCAGCUCUUGGCGAAGCUUUUGUGAAAUUUUUGUAAAACGGAAACCGAAUCGGAACAAAUCAAAUCUGCUCGUCGGAGUACAUACAGAAUUCGAAAUAAUUGACCACUAUUUUAUAUAUCGGCACUACCGUGAAAUCCAAAUCAUGGACGGAACUGCAGGAUCCAGUAACGGGCAUGCUUCCCUGAAGCGGGAACGCAGUGAGGCUGAGGAUGUGGACGUGAUCUUCGUGACGGGCAACCAGAGCAAAGUAAAUGAGGUGAAUCGAUAUUUUGAGGAGCUGGAGCAGAACGAUGGUCCAGCUGCUGGUGACAAAAAAAAGAACAAGAAGAUCAACAUUCGUGCCGUGAAGUUGGAUUUGCCGGAGCUGCAGGGCGAGCCUGAGGAUAUCAGCGCAGAAAAGUGUUUGCAAGCGUAUCGUGAAUACUGGUCCUCCCUGGAGAAGACAGCACCGGGUGAGAAUAAAGCCAAAGACUUUGUCAUCUUUACCGAAGACACCUCGUUAUGUUUUAACGCCCUGAACUACGAUAAACAAACCAACUCCGCUUCCGCCUGGUUUCUUUUGUAAGGCUGCGAGGAGAAGCUGAAGCAGAAUAUUUGCAUGUGUAUUUUGCUAUGUAUGAAUGCAGCUACGUGACGGUUGCAUCGAGAUUGAUAUGCAACUUUUCAUUAUGUCAUGUCGUGCGGUCGAGUCAUACUGAUCGAGAUCCAUGAUCAUGUUGAACAACUUGUUCCACCGAAGCGGCCAACGUUUCAAAAAGAACUCGGUCUGCUUCAGCACCUGAUGCGACUGAAGGGGUGGAGGGGGAGUUGUGACGCUCGAUACGCAUGGGCUGCCGGGGCCUUACGUGAAAUGGUUCUUGGAGAAGACGGGCUGCGAGGGUCUCAACAACCUGCUGGCCGCCUACGAAGACAAAACGGGCUUUGCCCAGACCAUAUUUGCCUGUUGCGGCACCCUGUCUUGCUUUCAGGAAAACAAGGCCGGAAACGACGGCCCGCAAGUCCGGACGUUUGUGGGACAGACACACGGACAGAUUGUGCCCGCGCGUGGAGAUCCAAAUUUUGGAGGGAAGGGCAAGGGCUGGGAUCCGGUUUUCCUCCCUGACGACUCCGCGGAGCGCCACACCUAUGCGGAAAUGUCGCCCUCCGCGAAAAACAAAAUUUCCCAUCGUUCCCGCUCCUUGGCUAAGCUUCACAAGUUUCUUCUGGAAAUCUUGUAAAAACAGAUUGACAGCUUCUGCUAGAUGUUGGAGUGAGAGCUAAUGGAUAAUAAAUACUGCGGCUAUCCCGGAGGUCGAGGUGGUUUGGGGAAGACUUGAACGAAAUGUACUGGCGGCCGUAAAGGAGUACUUACACACAAAGAAACGCGGAAUCGCAAUAAAACUUUUGUUUCCAAUGAUUUUCGUACAAGAUAAUCGGCAAAGAGUUUUUGCCACAGAAAUGCAUCACAUACCAAUCUUCGCAAUUGCGUCACUGUUGAUGACGUGAAUAUAUCCCAGAGACUGCGCAUAAAGUUUUAGCCCAGGAAUACAGUCAAUAAGUUCCUCGUUAGGAUUUGAUUAUGUCGUUCCAGGCACUACUUCGUGGGAGACGAAGCCAUGCCUGCGUGUUCAUAUGAAAUUGCUCGUGGUAUGACGGGACCACGUCGAAAUCAGCG